AUGAACGCUGGUGUUGGAGUAAGAGGGAAAGAUAUUGUUGUUCUUGGUGUAGAAAAGAAGUCUGUGGCAAAACUUCAGGAUGAAAGAACUGUACGGAAGAUCUGUGCUCUCGAUGACAAUGUCUGCAUGGCUUUUGCAGGGCUGACGGCUGAUGCCAGAAUAGUUAUAAACAGAGCUCGUGUGGAGUGCCAGAGCCACAGACUCACCGUGGAGGAUCCCGUCACCGUGGAGUACAUCACGCGCUACAUUGCCAGUCUGAAGCAGAGAUACACCCAAAGCAACGGUCGCAGACCUUUUGGUAUCUCUGCCCUUAUCGUGGGAUUUGACUUUGAUGGAACCCCGCGGCUGUACCAGACUGAUCCCUCUGGUACAUACCACGCGUGGAAGGCUAAUGCCAUUGGCAGAGGAGCCAAAUCCGUGCGCGAGUUUCUGGAGAAGAACUACACUGAUGAAGCCAUUGAAACAGAUGAUCUGACCAUUAAACUUGUCAUCAAGGCUCUGCUUGAGGUUGUGCAGUCUGGUGGGAAGAACAUCGAGCUGGCGGUCAUGAGGCGAGAGCAGCCGCUGAAGAUCCUAAACCCUGAAGAAAUUGAGAAGUACGUUGCUGAAAUUGAAAAAGAAAAGGAAGAAAAUGAAAAGAAAAAACAGAAGAAAACAUCAUGAUGAACGAAAUUCAACUGCUUAGCUGCUUCUUUUUAAUUGAAGUGAUGGGUUAUCUGUAUAGAGAACACGUAGGCAUUCCACUUACUCCUACUGUGCCCCUCUUGAUACCUACAAAAAACCUACUGAUUUUUUUUUUAAAGCUGUUAUUU